AUGAUGUAUCACAAGAGGUUAUCAUUUAUGCUUUUGGUCAUAUUAUACACUGAUUUUAUUUCCAAUGAGGCUAAUGCUGUUGCUGUUAUGAGCAUUGAUCUUGGCAGUGAAUGGAUGAAAGUAGCUAUUGUGUCGCCAGGUGUGCCAAUGGAAAUCGCACUAAAUAAGGAAUCUAAAAGAAAAACACCAGUAACGAUAUCAUUUAGAGAUGGAGAACGCACAUUUGGUGAAGAUGCUCAAGUAGUUGGUACUCGUUUUCCACAAACCAGCUUCUCUUAUAUUUUAGAUUUAAUAGGAAAGCCUAUCGACAGUCCAAUAGUUCAAUUAUUUAGGAAACGAUUUCCUUACUAUAACAUUGAGGCAGAUAAAGAACGUAACACUUUAAUAUUCAGAAUAGAUGAAGUGACUACCUUUACCCCAGAAGAGUUACUUGCUCAAAUUUUGCAUAAAGCCAAAGAAUUUGCUGAACUGUCUGCUGGUCAGAAAAUAAAAGAGGCAGUGAUAACUGUACCUGGAUUUUUCAAUCAAGCCGAACGAUCUGCUCUUAUACAAGCAGCAGAACUUGCUGAUAUCAAAGUGUUACAAUUAUUUAAUGAUUAUUCAGCUGUUGCACUUAACUAUGGUAUAUUCCAUCGCAAAGAGAUUAAUGACAGUGCUCACUAUAUUAUGUUCUAUGAUAUGGGAGCUAGUAGUACUACUGCCACUGUAGUUGGUUUUCAAAAUGUGAAAACAAAGGAAAGAGGGUUCGUCGAAACCCAUCCACAAGUCAGUAUCUUAGGAGUUGGAUAUGAUCGCACUCUUGGUGGAUUAGAAAUGCAAUUAAGAUUGCGUGAUUAUCUUGGUAAAGAGUUUGAUGCCAUGAAGAAAACCUCCACCUCGGUAUUUAGUAGUCCAAGAGCAAUGGCUAAGUUGUUUAAGGAAGCCGGUAGAGUAAAGAAUGUAUUAAGUGCUAAUAUUGAUCAUUAUGCUCAAAUUGAAGGUCUGUUAGAUGAGAAAGACCUUAGAUUACAAGUAACCAGAGAAAAGUUUGAAGAACUUUGUGCAGACUUAUUUGAACGUGUAUCAAAUCCAGUAAAAACUGCAUUAGAAACUUCAGCUUUAACAAUGGAUAUCAUUUCUCAAGUUGUAUUGGUUGGUGCUGGUACUCGAAUGCCAAAAGUUCAAGAAAAAUUAGCUGCAUUUGUUAAAACAGACUUAUCAAAAAAUAUUAAUACUGAUGAAGCAGCAGCCUUGGGAGCAGUUUACAAAGCUGCUGAACUCAGUCAAGGUUUUAAAGUAAAAAAAUUUAUUACCAAAGAUGCUGUACUAUUUCCGAUUCAGAUUGUUUUUGAUAGAAUAGUUGAAAAUAAAGUUAAACAGGUUCGGAGAAUGCUAUUCAGCAGAAUGAAUGCUUACCCUCAAAAGAAAAUUAUUACUUUUAAUAAACAUAACGAAAACGUAUUUUCAUUUAAUGUGAACUAUGCAGAACUUGAUUAUUUGCCAAAGAAAGAAAUUGAUGCUGUUGGAACUUUCAAUAUUUCUUUGGUAACUUUAACUGGAAUUACGGAGGCUUUAUCAAAACACGAAAAUGAUAUAGUUGAAAGUAAAAGCAUCAAAGUGCAUUUUUCCAUGAAUGAAAGUGGAUUACUCAAUUUUAUUAAUGUUGAAUUGGUGUUGGAAAAAACAAGUCCAACUACUCCUGAUGAAGUUGAAGGUGCUUUCGUAAAAUUUGGCUCAACAAUAAGCAAGCUUUUUUCUGGGUCUGAUGAAUCAGAAAAUGAUGAUAAGGUAGAAGAAACUCUAAAAGAUGGUAUUAAACCAGUUCAUGAAGAACCUGAAUAUCCUGGAUUGAAGAAAGAAACUAAAGAAAAGGAUAAAACAAAUAAUGAAACGAAACCAAUAGAAGAAAAAUCAGAAAAUAAAACGGAAAAAUUAGAAAAAGAUCAAACUCCAACAAUUAUUACCAUUAAAGAACCAAUUGAUGCCAAAGAAUUAAAAGUAGUACAGUUUACUUUAUCUGAAGAUAAAUUUUUAAUUUCUCAAGAAAAACUCAAAGCCUUAGACACAUUCGAUGAACAAAAGGCACGACGUGAAAAUGCUUUAAACAAUUUGGAAUCUUUUGUUAUUGAUGUUCAACAAAAAUUAGAAUUAGACGAAUAUAAAGUAGCAAUACUGCCUGAAGAAGCUGAGAAGAUUAAAAAAUCUUGUAAUGAUGUUUCUGAAUGGUUAUAUGAAGAAGGUUUUGAAGCAACAUCAGAAAUAUAUGAGCAAAAAUUAGAAGACUUACAAAAGUUAACACGUGAUCUUUAUGAAAGAGUUUUUGAACAUAGUGAACGUCCAGAAGCUUUGAGAGUUCUAGUUUCAAUGCUUGAUGAAAUUAAGGCUUCUUUAAAUAAUAUACCCAGUGAAGAAAUGCUUGAAAUAUUUACUCAAAUUGAAAUUGAAUCUGUAGAGAAAGCUAUUAAUGAAACAGAGGAAUAUUAUAAUAGGGUAGUAAAGGUUACAUCCGAAUCUAAAUUGUAUGAGCCCGUGACAUAUAAGGUUCGCGAUAUUGUCCAGAAAAUAGCUGUGUUAGAUCGAGAAAUAAAAUACGUUUUUAAUAAAUUAAAAAUAUGGAAACUAAAAGGAGCAACGAAUAGUACCGAUAAAGUGGGUGAAAAUAAUACAACUAAUGGUGAUAGUGAAUCCGAGAACAAAACAAAAACCGAACAGAAUACUACAUUGGACAAAAAUGAAUCUGAAGCAGUAGAAGCAGAAGUUUUCGAAUUACCCAUCAGUAAUUCAACAAAGUCUGAAGAUAAAGAAUUUAAAGAUAAGCAUCAAGAACUUUGAAUACGUGAUUUAUUGAGUCAAAUUGUUUAGGUAUUUUUUAAAAUGGAAAUAAAAAAUCAUCGAGAUGUUUAUUGAUCAACUAGUUACUACCUUUCUGCAGAAUAAAAUCAUGAAAUGUAUUCAUUGAUGAAAAAAUAUUGACAGAAUAAGUGAGAUGAUAAAUUAUUGAAGUUCUGUCUUAAAUUUUUAUAAAUUUUUAUGAAAGCACAUGAAAAUUUCUGCAGUUACAAUGUUAAAAGAAUGCUAUAUUUUCACAUUUUCAUUCUAUACAUUACAA